CAGCUUUGCAAUUCAUUUCAUGGCAAGUCAUCUGGUUCCAUCAAGUUGUCAUCUCAGGAUAUUCAAGUACCUGUAAGGUUUUUACAUGCAUAAAGUAUUCCAAUAUAGUUGGGUAAACAGAAGCUUAGUGUUGGAUGGAGGGACCAGGGGAGAACAAUGCCAAAUCCCUAGCCCAGCCCAAUCUGAGAAGAGAGGAGCCUCAGGCUGUGUCAGAAGCCACAAUGUCACAGGCAGUUCAGACAAAUGAAGCACAACUAGUAGGGGAAACAUCAGAACAGGGUUUACAGGAAUUACAAGGAAGAUCUCAGAAGGAAACUACAAAUGAUUUGGAAAUUGUGGCUGCAAAUGUUGAUGAGUGUAAUAACUUUAGGUGUCCAAUUUGCCUGGAUACAUUGAAUAACACCAGGAUUACAAAAUCCUGUUUCCAUCGGUUUUGUAAAGAUUGCAUCAUUACAGCCCUUAGACGUGGCAACAAAGAAUGCCCUGUCUGCAGGAGAAAACUAAUUUCAAAAAGGUCAUUAGAUUCAGACCCUGAAUUUGAUGCACUCAUCAUGAAAAUGCAUUCAAGUGGUAAUGAAAAGGAUGCUUCUCAAGAGAAAACAUUAAGCAGGAAGAAGAAGUAUAAAACCCAGCAAGCACUCAGUGUCAACAUUGAAAAGGGAAAGGAGAUGGACACCAUCAACAGUGUCCAGCCAGGAGAGGAGAAACAGAGUAAAACUAGUACUGGAUGGAAAGGUAAUCAUGAUAGUUCACCCUGCAAUAAUACAUCUACACACAGCAGUGAUGAAGCAGGUCCCAGUAACAAAAAGGCCAAAACAUCUGGGCUUGAACAUGAUAGUACGGAUGCUAUAGUCACCUAUGAUGAUGCAGUGACCGAUGGGGCUAGUGAACUUGAAUCCAGUCUUCAUCCAACACUUACAGGAAAAAAUGACCCUGCACAGACAGGAUUAACAAAGACAUCAGGUGAACUUGAAAAACCAAGAAUUUAAAGCCAGUGAAGACCUUGUGUGGUGAUUUACCAUUCUUGGGUAACAAACACCAUGUAACCAGCGGCCGCUGCCUCUGCCCAUCAAUAUGUUCAAGUCUCUAGCCAUUAUAUUUUACUCAUGAUGAAGGGCCA